CGCAAUCUGCAUCUUAUCGAAGAAGUCUGACCGAUCAAGAUUUCAAGGAAAAUCGACGGGAACGAUCGAUUCGCGAGAAAAUUAGGGGUCUGCAAGUCUUCGAAGCAACGCAAUCUUCAAAUUUCCGUACGUCUUCUCUCCGAGUCCUCGAAAAACUCUUGUUCAAGAUCAGCUGAUGACGUAACACGCGACGAGCGAAGCGCAAAGGAGAAAAGUUAGUGUGCGUGCGAUCCGUUUCGGUGUGGUGCGCGCGAGUCGUGUCGGUGAGAGGUGCGCGCGACUGGUGCGCACGAGACGUGCGCGAGACGAAGUAUGGCGUAGGAUAUUCUCUGGGCCAGUUUAGUCGAAAGUGUUCAGUCGUUGAGUCGAGUUGGAACCUAACCACGGUUGUGUCCCGAUUGUAUUCGCGAGUCAUUUCUGAGAGUGUUCCUCAGCAGCGCAGCGUUGUCGCGCGCGAGACAGUGUUCUUUGGUGUUCGCCAACCGUGCGAGAGACAGUCCAUUUAUCGCAGGGACACGGAAAGGACGUCGAGUAUCGGAGCAGCAUGAGCGUCGACGCGUACGGACCAAGCAGUCAAACCCUCACGUUCCUCGAUCCGGAGGAAGCGGAUCUAAUCGGAGCGGACACGCAGGGCAGCGAAUUUGAUUUCACCGAUUUUACCCUACCAUCGCCGAGUCAGACGCAAGCUUCACAGCACGAUGUUGUUCAAAGUCAAUCCAGCCAGCCUGUACAGGUUGGUUUUCUGGUUAAUGGAACGAGCGGCGGAUCUUCCUUGGACUUGAAGAUUUCUGGAGCUGCGCAAAGCCUUGCUGAAUUACAGUUCGAAGAGGAGGAGGAGGAAGCAUAUUAUAAUCGUGAUUUACCAGACCAUGCUUGUAAAUACUGUGGAAUUCAUGAAGCAUCUUGCGUUGUUAUGUGCAAUGUCUGCCGCAAAUGGUUUUGUAAUGGACGUGGUAAUACAUCCGGAUCUCAUAUCAUCAAUCAUCUUGUCAGAGCAAAGCAUAAGGAAGUUACUCUGCACAGGGAUGGCCCCCUGGGAGAAACAGUUCUGGAAUGCUACUCUUGCGCUGUUAGAAAUGUUUUUGUUCUUGGGUUUAUCCCGGCAAAGGCAGACUCUGUUGUCGUCCUUCUGUGUAGGCAACCAUGUGCGGCUCAAAGUUCCUUGAAAGAUAUGAAUUGGGAUCAGGAACAGUGGAAGCCUUUGAUCGAAGAUCGUAGUUUUUUGGCAUGGCUGGUUAAGAUUCCAUCCGAACAAGAACAACUUCGUGCCCGACAAAUUUCUGCACAGCAGAUCAACAAAUUGGAAGAAUUAUGGCGCGAUAACGUAGACGCGACUUUCCAAGAUCUAGAGAAACCCGGUGUGGAUGAGGAACCGCAACAAGUGCUCCUACGUUACGAGGAUGGUUACCAAUAUCAAAAUAUAUUCGGUCCCCUGGUGAAGCUAGAAGCAGAUUAUGAUAAACGCUUGAAGGAAUCUCAAACGCAGGAGAACAUCGAAGUUCGAUGGGAUGUUGGUUUGAACAAAAAGACCAUAGCAUACUUCAUGCUUGCCAAAACUGACGGUGACAUGAAAUUGAUGCAUGGAGAUGAAUUAAGACUUCGCUACUUGGGCGAACUGCACAAGCCAUGGUCAGGUAUUGGACAUGUGAUAAAAAUUCCUGACAAUUACGGUGAGGAAGUUGGUAUAGAAUUGAAAAAUAAUUCUGGAGCACCAACGGAAUGCAUCAGUAAUUUUGUUGUCGACUUCAUUUGGAAGAGUACCAGCUUCGACCGAAUGCAAUUAGCGUUACGGAAAUUUGCCGUGGAUGAUACUUCCGUAUCCGCUUACAUCUAUCACAGAUUAUUGGGACACGAGGUGGAGGAGGUUCUGUUUCGUUGUCAUUUGCCUAAGCACUUCAGCGCCCCUAAUUUACCUGACUUGAAUCGGUCUCAGGUAUAUGCCGUAAAGCAUGCAGUCCAGAGACCAUUGUCUUUAAUUCAAGGACCACCUGGCACUGGCAAAACUGUGACUAGCGCAACGAUAGUUUACCAAUUGGUGAAGCAGAAUGGUGGACCUGUCUUAGUGUGUGCUCCUUCCAACACAGCCGUAGACCAACUGACAGAGAAAAUACAUAAGUCGAACUUAAAAGUAGUGCGACUUUGCGCGAAAUCGAGAGAAGCAAUCGAUUCGCCCGUAAGCUUUCUUGCUUUGCACAAUCAGAUAAAGAACAUGGAGACGAACACCGAAUUGCAGAAGUUACAACAAUUGAAGGACGAAACAGGAGAGCUAUCCAGUGUCGAUGAGAAACGUUACAGGCUGCUGAAGAAAGCAGCUGAGAAAGAAUUGUUGGAAGCAGCCGAUGUAAUUUGUUGUACUUGUGUGGGAGCAGGUGAUCCAAGGCUGCAUAGAUUGAAAUUCCAUUCGAUCCUAAUUGACGAGAGUAUGCAGGCAACGGAGCCUGAGUGCAUGGUGCCAGUCGUGCUCGGAGCUAAGCAAUUGAUCCUUGUUGGUGACCAUUGCCAAUUAGGACCAGUAGUAAUGUGCAAAAAGGCCGCCAGAGCGGGCCUGUCGCAAUCCCUGUUCGAGAGACUGGUCGUUCUUGGAAUUAGACCUUUCCGUUUGGAGGUGCAGUACCGUAUGCACCCAGAUCUGUCGCGUUUCCCAUCGAACUUCUUCUAUGAGGGUUCUCUACAGAACGGUGUAUGCGCCGAUGAAAGAAAGUUGCUGAAGAUCGACUUUCCCUGGCCUGCGCCAGACAAACCUAUGUUCUUCUAUGUCACCCAGGGACAAGAAGAGAUCGCUGGUAGUGGCACUUCCUACUUGAAUCGAACCGAAGCGUCAAACGUUGAAAAAAUAGCAACGCGUUUCCUGCGUUGCGGCGUGAAACCCGAGCAGAUCGGUGUUAUAACUCCUUACGAGGGGCAGAGAGCUUAUUUGGUACAAUACAUGCAAUAUCAGGGAUCGUUGCACUCAAAGCUCUACCAAGAGAUCGAGGUUGCCAGCGUGGAUGCGUUCCAAGGUCGAGAAAAGGACAUAAUAAUCAUGUCUUGCGUCAGAUCGAACGAACACCAAGGCAUUGGGUUCUUGAACGAUCCAAGACGUUUGAACGUUGCCUUGACACGGGCCAAGUAUGGAAUAAUAAUCGUAGGAAACCCGAAAGUGUUAUCCAAGCAACCGCUCUGGAAUCAUCUAUUGAGUUUCUACAAGGAACAGAAGGUUCUCGUGGAGGGACCAUUGAACAAUCUGAAGGAGUCCAUGAUCCAGUUCGCCAAGCCAAAGAAACUAGUUAACGCUGCCAAUCCGGGCUCACAUUUCAUGUCCACGUCCAUGUACGACGCCAGAGAAGCUCUGAUCCCAGGAUCGGUGUACGACAGGUCAGGCACGCAGGUGAACGGAACGCAGAAUCACAAUCCGUACUAUCAGAGGAACGUACCGCUUGACAUAUUCAGUAGGACUCACGAUACCAUCAGUUACAUCAGCCCAGAGAGGGCACAAGCUGCUAUGAACAACGUGCCGGUUCCGGUAGGCAUGUUUAUGAACAUGGCACACGUGCCACCACGCUUCUACAAUCAACACCAGCAAGCACUACAAGCCAGACAGAAUCAACGGAACCGUCGAGGAACCACGUUGUCCAAGAAUAAGCAGGGACCGCGCAUGGGUAAACUGAGUCAGACGGAGCAGAAUACCCAACCUUAUAGUCAGCCUGGUUUGCCGUUAACCCAGGGUACGACUCAAGGCAUGUCUCAACCGGGCUUCAGCCUUUCUCAACCUGGAUUGAGCCAGGCAGAACUUUCACAGGACUCGUUCGCGGUUGGAGAAUUUCAGUCACAGAUGGAUGGCUUGCUAUCGCAGGACUCGACUUACCAAGGUGACCGAAGUGGUUUUUAUCAGUCCGGGCACUCGCAAGCCGGGGGACAGUUCUCCCAGCCAUACUGAGCCGAGACUGUACGGCUGAGCAACGCAAUUGCUAUGCAGCGUCGCGGGAGCGACUGAAGGCUCGUUCGACAAAUUCUUCUUCGACCAACCAACCACAAAUCACUAACUGCGCAAAACGGUAAAACGGCUCGAGGCGAUCGAGUACGAUUAUUAUGCACGCAGUCGUCGGCGUUAAAGAGUAAAGAGGGUUUUAAAAUCAACAACAAACAAAAAAAGCAACAGCAGCAGCAACAACAACAACAGAGAGGAGUUCGUCGCAAAAAGAAAAAGAAAAAAAAGGAAAUGAAAUGAAACAAACGAAAAAUGGGAAAAGAGAACCAAAAAAGCGAACCGUCGAUGUGAACAAAAGAAAACAUUGAAGACCAGGGGAAAAAAUGAAUGGUAAAACAUCGUCGGAUGGAACAUGGCACAGUGUGCGGCGACACGCCAACGGUAACAAAAUAAAAGGGGGUUAAGACUGGGAGACGACACACAAUUCACCACAAAAAAAACCACCAACUCACCGUGACACGCGCUUAUCGUGAACGGACCGUUUUAUCGCGGGGAUCGAGUGACGCUAGAAUUACAACAGGAACAACAACUACAACAACAACAACCAAACCAAGAAAGAAACGAAGACAAAAAAAAGUCAAAAUAUGAAAAAUAAAAAAAAAGCAGCAGCAAUAAUAAUAAUAAUAAUGAUGAUAAAUAAAUAAUAAAGAGGAUAUGAUGGGACGUGUGACGCUUCGUGACUCGACCAGAUUACGACAAAGUGUGCCAAUAUAGUAAGUUCAACGUACGACCGCACCGAAUCUCUCUGCACGAUGAAAAGGAAAGACAAGACGUAUAUAACGUUACGAAUAUUAAUAGUUCACGAAACCGCAUGGGGAAGAGAUAUCGGAGAUAAAAUAAUAUAUCAGCAUAUCGAUGCGCGCGUUACGUGUCUUACCGAUCUCCCUUGGGGCUACACGAAAAAAACGGGUCACGACAGUGUUCGAACACUUCCGGUUAAGAAAUCGCGAACGACGACGCACAAAAACGUCAUAUUGGGAUUAUAUUUUCCCAGGUACAGCCGAGUCAUCGAGAAGCGGAGUUUGAAACGAAACGCUUGGGGAGACCGUUAAGAAACAUAUAUUAUAAGCGUCGGUUUUAUGAAGACUCGAGGCGGUGACGUAAAAGGUAAAUUUCUCGUUUCGCACCGCCCUCGCGGACCCAUAUGUACGCGCGUAUAUUUUCUUCCGUGACCUUUGGACUACAUCUGUUUAUAGUAAAUGUUUCGUAACCGUUUGUGGACUCGAUCGGUUGGCCUUUAAACCUCGACAAUGCAAUUCCGCUGAUUCGAAUUGUAUCUCGAUUAAAAACGAAACGUGUUUUUAGAAGCUUGUUAAUAGCGUUCGACGUGUUACGAUUCGUGAUUGCUGCUGCAAGUGUUCGAAUAUCUUCGUGACCUAGUGUUCACGGAACUACUGCUCGAGUCGAGAGAAACAGAGUUGGGAACGAAAAAGAGACGAAAGGAAAUGCCUCGUGAAAGAGAUAUUGUGAAAACAGGGGAGACCUUGGAGUAGUUCUUGAUGGCUCGUACCAUCUGUUUUCCACCCUUACCUAGAUCGUAAAUCGUGAUGGGAGUGACAAUAACGCGUGGACACGCCGGCAACUCGGACAGGGGAACGAACACCACGAGACAGGAAACAUAUUUUUACCGACGGAGAACAUCGGUCGAUCGAAAGUCGCCAAACUUUUGAAUUGGUCGUCGAACAGUACGAGGCCGACACCCAAAAAUAUAUCAUCAUCACGAAGAUCGGAGUCCUUCUCGCAGGCUUGGGGCGUAAUGUUGAUGAUUAUGCUGACCAAACAAGGAAAUCCUAUAACUGACCUAAUUCUGAUCAUGUUUAUUAGUUUCUAUUUGUCUGGUUAGACCGCGUACGUACAUAUACGUGUAUAUAUUUUAUUUACGGCAGGGGUCGACAGAGCGCAAUAAUGGAGAAACGAGUAUAUCUCAUUUGGUAUAUAUUUUGUUUCAUUUUUGGUAGGAGUACGACCGUCGAACAUUGUAAAAGAAAAGAAUAUCGCAAUAACGCACGUAUUUAAAAUGCGGAGGGAAAUUAUGGUCGCUUGUUCACCGAAUAACGGGCGAAGAUCGGUUCCCGUAUAGCUACCAAUGAUGGUACAUAAUAACCCACACACGAAUACACAGAACAAAGAGUCGUACAAACAUCCGACAAAUGCGGUGGACGCAGUUCUGAAAUUUUUACAGAGAUAUAUCAUAUCUGACAUCGGAGGAACGUUUAUUCAUUGUCCAUGAACGGUGUGAAUUAGUCCAUUUAGCGUUCAAGGUAUUUUACUCGUUCUAAUGUACUGACCAAAAUAUUGUUUUAUCUACUAAUUUGUAAUUCAGAUGCGCUUUCUUUUUGUUUCGUUCAUUUUUACCCUCUUACAGUACGUUCACACACGCACGAAAUACCCCUGCUACUUUAUUUUCUACUUUCUGUCUGUGUUGGCUUCUCGCGGUAUUUGAAUUGAUCACAAAUACGAAUAAAUUUGAGAUGAUUAUACAGAAAAAGAAAAAAAAAAGCAAAUUGAAAGAACAGCAUUAUGCAAAUCCAAAGUUGUUUUCUUUUUUCCUUUCCGACCAACAGCGCACCGCUAACUGCAGAAUAUAUGGAAAUUCAUUGUGAAAACCUUAAGGAACGAAUAAAUUUAAUUCGAAGGAA